GGAAACAUACGUCUGACGGUCAAGCUGCUAAUCGUUUUGCCAAAUCUGCCUCAUUCUCGUUCCGUCUGCAAGAAACAGAUGUAUCAACGCUAGCCACGACAGGUUCUUCCAGUUUGAAAGCACCCAGAACGGUUUGUGAAGUUCGUGAAUACCGUCGUCCUACCAACGUCACAAAGAGCAUUAUGACCAAUUUCAGUUGUUACGAGUGCGUCGAAAAUCAGUGCGAUGUGUCAGACAGAAAUAUAUCACUUUGCGAGACGGCAAUUAGCUGCUGGAAAUCUUCGUUUCGAGUAAGUCAGAGCAUCGUUCGAUAUUCUCGCGGAUGCAUCUCUUCACCGGACGAUUACGAGAGCAUUUGUAAUAAUAAUAUCACGCAGGCGAGUAUCGCCAAAGAUAUUUUUACUUGCUGUCCAACUGAAUUAUGCAACGACGGUGGUUUUGCUGUAUUAACUCAGACUCGAUUUUAUGUAUGGUAUACGGAUGAGAGACGCUUCCGUGCUAAUAUGUUGAAAAGACAAGAAGAACGGAUGAGGAUGGAGGCAAAUGCAGCGGAACAGCAACAAUAAACCCAUCCCGUAGAUCGCUCCUGUCAACGAUAGAAUAGUUCAGUUAAUUACAUUAAUCAAGUCCUCUAUUCGCGAUGAUGAAUUCGUUGGGAACUCCGAUUGAAGACUGCCGGAUAACGAAUUUUUCGGCGCGUUGGCCCAUUUGACAAGUUAAUUAACAAGACGCUUUCUUUUGAUUUGAGAUGAUUUUUCGAAGACAUUACAUUCCUUUUAUUAUUUUCAACGCGCCCUUAUGGUACCCUACAACAUUUAAAUAGCAAAGGAUAUUUUGUAGUGAUCUGGGUAAAAAACUAGUUUUUAUUGUUAAAUUUAAUAAUGUAAUUCAUGGGUUCCUUUGUUAAUAACUGAAAACUAAUUGAUUAUACAUUGUGACUUACAUAUCUUUGCCUUGAGCGAUCUAUUUUAUAACAGAUUUGUAACCAAAUAAAUAAUUAAUUCCAUCGA